ACGGCUUCGAUCACAUAAGGAACGUGAGGGGGAGCGGAGCUCAUCAGCCAUUCCAGCUGUGAAGCGAAAGGAUCAGCCAUGAGCAGCAGCCACAAAGAAUGGGGGAAGAUCCAUGGGGACGAGAAAUAUUUGGAAGAGCUCUAGCUAUGGCGGAAGGGGAGAGGCCGAGGCCGCUGCUCCGGCUGGUGCAGGAGGGACGGCUGGACCUCCUCCGGGACGAGCUGCGGCCGGACGACACGCCGGGCCCAGUGGUGCGGAGCCAACGCUAUGGGCGCUCGGGGGACACGCUGCUGCACCACGCUGCCCGGUACGGGCACCGGGACGUCCUUGCCUACCUGGUAGAGGUGCUGGGGAUGGAUGUUGAGGAGUUUAAUAGCGACUACAAAAGACCCCUCCACGAAGCGGCCUCCAUGGGCCACGGGGAGUGUGUUUCCUACCUCCUGGAGAGAGGCGCGAGCGUAGACUGCUUGAAAAAGGCAGACUGGACUCCCCUAAUGAUGGCUUGCACCCGGCAAAACCUGGAAGUGAUCAAAGCUCUCAUGGAGCAUGGAGCCAACCCGCUGCUGAAGAACAAGGAUGGCUGGAAUUGCUUCCACAUAGCGAGCCGAGAGGGCCAUCCCCAGGUCCUCCAGUACCUGCUGGACAUGUCCCCUGGCAGCUGGGACACAGAGAGCAUGAUAAAGAGAACGCCUCUGCACACAGCAGCAAUGCAUGGCUGUUUUGACGUUGUGGAGCUGCUCCUGGAGCGGUGCCAGUACAAACCUGACAGCAGAGACAGAUGUGGAGUCACUCCCUUUAUGGACGCUAUCCAGAAUGGGCAUGUCAACAUUGCCCGCCUGCUCCUGGAGAAACACCAGGCCUGUCCUACAGCCAUGGAUGCACUAGGUGCUCAGCCGCUGCACCGGGCAGCUGUCACGGCCCAGGAUGAAGCCAUCCAGUUCCUCGUCUCGGAGUUGGGUGUCGAUGUCAACGAGAGAGCGACGGCCCUCCAACUCACAGCACUGCACUACGCAGCCAAGGACCCAGCCGUGGCAUUUGCUGGCUCCCACAAAGGAGGCCUUUCUCCCAGCUUCCCUUCCUCCUGCUCUGAGAAACCAUGUUGAAAGCCCUUUCGGUUGCCAAGGGUACGUUUAACAGCAAGGCUAUUGGGGAAUAUAAUGUGUCUUGGAGAAGAUCCCAGCUCUGUCUUGGCGAGUGGCUGAUUGGGGAGCGAUUUGAUGGGCUUCUCUUCGUUCCCGAGGCUCAGUGUCACUUUAUAUUUACAGCAUCAUUUGUUUGGCUGGUGGGUUUUUUAAUUUCUUUUUUUCUUAUUACUUUGCAUUUAUAAAUACAUGAAAAUCAAAUUACGCUUUCAACUCAAUUUGCUGCCAAGGCUGUGGCAGCUAAAGCAGUUCCUGGCUUGCUGUCUUUGCCGCUGAGAGGGGGUGUUUGUGCAGCAAGGAAGUGGGAGCCUUGAGCAGGGGGGGAAGAUGCUACUGGGUUGUACGAUAAUGGGGGAAAAGAGUGGGCGGUGGGGAUAAAAAUAACGUCCUUCCAGUCUCAUGCCGCACGACAAAGACUAAUUCAUUGCAUCGAAGAAGUAAUUACAAAAUCAGGCGUGUUAUUUAGGGAGAGAGGAUUUAUUUAUGGAGAAGCUUGUGCAGAGAGGAGGGGUGUGGGGGCUGUAUUGCAUUUUCCCCUGCAGCGUUUAAAACUGUCUACCGGCAGAAGAAAGAUGGAGGACGCUAUGGGUCGUGAUGGUGUGUAAGCGUGGCGUUCUGCGUCUUCUCACAAGGCGUUACAAAUACUGGAGUAAACCUUUAGGAAAUGCCGGUGCCUGAGGCGACUGCAGACAGAUGAGCAACAGUCUGCAUCAGCAACAGGUUCUGCUCUCUGAGCUGAAAUAUGCCUCAGUAAGAGCAACUCUAGAUCCCCCGUGGUACUUGAGGUGGAUUUACAGUGUGGGAGAAGACACGGCUUUUUUGCUGUCACUUAGUCCUUUUUAACAAACAGCCAGCUGCCAGUAGGGAAAGGUAAGUCAGGGAUCCUACAGCUCUGUGGCCAGCUGAAGUUAAAACCAAUUUAAUUAAGUGAGUUGACUGGAGGUGAGGACUGGAGAGGAAAAGGUAAGAUCGGUUGACAAAUUAGUGUGCUAAUUUGCUAUUAAGAAACAUCGUUAGAUUGUGUCACCCAGUUAUAUGUCAGAGGUCCUUUGUGCAUUAACUCCUCUGCAGCCACUGGUGAAGGCAAAGCCGUGCUGGGGGACAGUCCUCCAAAUUCCUCACACCUCAAGGUCUUGGCUAUGCAAGGUGGAUCUAUUGACCGUGAUCAGGAAGAUCAGAUGGGAUCUGCGGCUGUCUAAAGGCAGAUCCACCUGCCUGGAUCUGGGCUGGGUUGUGUGUCUAUCACAGCUGCCCUGCCAAGGUGCCGCUCUCAGCCUUUGGCUGUACCACCACCGCUAGAGACAUCUCAGUGCUGUAGCAUGAUUUUUGAGAACUAUUGGUCUUCAUUGAACACUUUUGAUUUUAAAACAUUGUGUUAAGUGUUUGCAGAGAGAAUUAUGCUCCUGGGAUGCCUCUUGCUGCUUUUUCAGCCUGUAGGUUGAAAUUGGUGCCAGGGGCACACGAGGUGUACAGACACACUGACCGUGGGCCAAGCUCUGACUCUCAGAGCUGGAGAAGGUGCGUGGUGGCAUCUCUGUGACCAAUUCCUGUAGGGUAACGGCAGUGUGUCUGCUCAGUCCCUGAUUAAUGGACCCAAUCUGCACUGCUACAGGCAGCCGACCCUGAUUUCCAGAUGCUGUGAGGUGCUCUGGAGCCUGGAGCAGCUCCUGGUAGCCCCAGUUUUGACCGUGACAGAGUGGAUCUGCAUCUAUGCCCUUCCAGGUGCUGUAUGCAGUUAGGAACAGAUUGCUUGUGGCCUCCUUUUUUUUCCAGGCCUGUGUUAUUUCUGCUAAACUCAAAGGUGAGAAAUUGUGCAGAGCUGGUUCUGCAUAAAUAAUCCAUGUGCCUGUGCUCACCA